UCCAGUACAGAUGGUGCAUGAUGAGAGCCCCCAUCGAACAGCGAUUCGGCUAUCUGCGACUAUAAGUAUGAGUCCCUCGCGAAUCUGGAAGAAGAAAGUACCUUGGGUAUCUGAGAAGUGUCUCAGUUGUUACACUCUGCGAUCGCCGGCGAGAUCGAGUCCGAGUCUCCGAGUCCCAAUUCCGCCAGCUCUGCGACAAGAUGGCUCUACUGAGAGAUCUGAUUGGGUUUUCCACUCUGAUUGUGCUGCUGUGUAGUGUUCCAGCAAAUGGUGAUACCAACUUCACAGCUAUGGACAAGGAUCUGAUAGCCUUCGCUCUGAAUUUGGAAUAUUUCGAGGCCGAGUUCUUUCUGAAUGGGGCUCUGGGCUACGGCCUGGACAAGCAGGCACCAAUGCUCGCUGCAGGUGGCCCUGCGCCGAUCGGUCCCGAGAAGGCCGUCCUGGACCCGACUGCCUAUGAGCUCGUCGCUCAGAUGGGUCUGCAGGAAGUUGGACACCUCAGAGCAAUCAAAUCCAGUAUCGGAGACACGGCAUUCCCUCGAGUUCAAUUAGAUAUCAGCAAGGCAGUAUGGGCUAAGACCAUGGACUCUGCCUUCAACAAAACUUUGAGCCCACCAUUUGAUGCCUAUGCCAACAGCGUUAACUACAUGCUCGCGUCGUACGCCAUCCCUUACGUCGGUCUCACAGGAUACACUGGUGCUGCUCCCCUCCUCCAGAGCGCUGGAGCCAAAUCGCUCGUAGCACGGCUUUUGGGAGUAGAAUCUGGUCAGGAUGCAGUUAUUAGAACUUGGCUGUACGAGAGGAAGGGAGAGAUGGUGAUGCCGUACAACUUCACAGUAGCGGAGGCGACUGUGCAAAUCUCGAAGCUCCGCAACACUUUGGAUCAUGAGGGUCUGGAGGUUGUGGAAGGUAUGAUGGUGCCUUUUGAGAUUGACGACGAAGGUCUCUUGGUGCCGGAGGAACUUGGAGCAGAGAGGCAGACGAAGGGUAAUGUGUUGUCUGCCGACGAGGAUUCUCUUUCAUACCAGCGUACACCAGAGCAAAUUUUGUCUAUCGUAUACAGCUCAGGCAGCCCAAAGACGCCCGGUGGAUUUUACCCUCUAGGCGCUCGAGGAAAUAUAGCUGAGAAGUAUCACAAAUAUGGAGAAAUGUAAAUCCUCUAGCUAGAACCUGCGCAGCAACAAUUUGUAUAGUUCUUGUAGAGUAACAUACUCUGCGUGUGUGAAGAUUUGUGACGAUGAUGUGUAAUUCAUAAUCCGUGCGACUGUACAUUGACAAAAUGUCAAUCCGG